AUGACUGAGUUCAAUGGCAACUAUUACCUCCAGACGUGUGGCUGUGCCAUGGGUAGGAAAUACUCACCGGCCUACGCCAACAUUUAUCUGGCCGUCUGGGAGGAAGAGGUUUUUGCCAAGUGUCACCCCACUAAGGUCUUUUUUAAAGAGACCGACAGACACGCCCUUCUCCAUAAGCAAAGUUUUCAUCCACGCCACACCUUCGGUACUGCUUUGGAAGAGCUACUCGUUUCGGCCAAGAAACAAGAUUGCUUGACAGUCGGGGUAUACGAAUCAGCAAAAGUCAUGAAUGUUGAUCCAGACAAUGUGGCAUUCUGCGUGUUAGCGACUGACGAGGAGUACGAACGCGACAUUGCCCUCCAGAUUCAUUUCACCCUCAUCCAGGCUUUUUGCUUUGACAACGACAUCAACAUCGUGAGGGUGAAUGACAUCGAGCGCCUUGUCGGUAUUGUUGGCACUGAUGAGUCGCUCACUGUAUUCUUGUCACGCCAGCCACAGCUCCACAGUCUUCCCUUCAUAGAGAGCACAGAAGUUCUCUUCCCCAUACUGGCUGUGGCCAUAGUCCUUCUGCUGUGGCUGGCCACAGAGCUGGCAGUUUGUGUGGCUUCCUCUGCUUAACGCCUGGUUUCUCCGGUCUGUCACACCUCAGGAGCUGGAGGAGGAGGACGACGUGAAGUCAUAGGCCACUAAAAUACAAUACAGAAAGCUGUUAGUCAUGGUACAUAGAAAUAUAGAUACAGUUUAACAUAAAGAAGACUCCAGAUGUUUGGUAUUUUGUGUUGCUUUUCUGCCUU